AUGGACUUUUGUGAUGGCAUGGUGCCUUACAGGGUGAAGCUGCUCUUACCUGUAGUGCUGGUAUCCCUUAUAACCACUGAUUCAACUCCUGGCUACUCCCUUCAGUUCCAACUCCAUGAUAAUGUGUUUGCUGCCAUUCCUGUAAUAAUUGCUGGAAUAAAGGCCCUCUCCUAUGACUCCUGGUGUCUGGCAUGUUGGGUUUUCGGUGAACUAACUAACAAGGAAGAAAUAACUAACCAUAGGAAAGGAGAUCCUAAGAAGCCGAGAGACAAAAUGUCAUCAUGUGCAUUCUUUGUGCUAACUUGCUGGGAAGAGCACAAGAAGCAGCACCCAGCUGCUUCUGCCAACUUCUCAGAGUCUUCUAAGAAGUGCUCAGAGAGGUGGAAGACCAUGUCUGCUAGGGAGAAGGGAAAAUUAGAAGACAUGACAAAGGCAGACAAGGUUCAUAAUGAAAGAGAAAUGAAAACCUAUAUCCCUCUUAAAGGGGAGACAAAAAAGAAGUUCAAGGACCUCAAUGCAUCCAAAAGGCCUCCUUCAGCCUUUUUCUUGUUCUGUUUUGAGUAUCGUCCAAAAAUCAAAGGUGAGCAUCCUGGUCUCUUCAUUGGUGAUGUUGCAAAGAAACUGGGAGUGAUGUGGAAUAACGCUGUUGCCGAUGACAAGCGGCCUGACGAAAAGAAGGCUACCAAGCUGAAGGAAAAAUACGAAAAGGAUAUUGUCGCAUACUGUGAAAUAAUUGUUACUCUGUAA